UGUGGAAAUCCUUUGUUAAAUGCUUAUUUUGUAUAAUUUGAACCCAACACUCAAUUAAUCAGGUAUUUUAGGCUUAUUUCGACGUAAUUGUAAGACCGAUCAUACCUGUCUCCCAAAAAUGACUGAGCAAAAGGAACUAAUAAAGAAACGUAGCAGCAUCAAAGGUCGAUUAACAGUGUUCGCGAGUCAUCUGAAAACAAUAGAUGAAUCAACGAUCACUGCCACAGAGGUCAGGGAGUUACAAUUGCGCGUUGGUAAGAUCGAAGCUUUAUAUCACUUAUACGAUGAGGUACAGUUGAAAAUAGAGUGCAGCUCUGAUAACAUGGAUAUACAAAUGGCUGAAAGAACAGAGUUUGAAACUCAGUAUUAUAAAACAUGCGCUCAUGCACAUGAAAUUUUAAAUACCUACCAAAGGCUACAUGAGAAGAUUGAAAAUGCAUCGAAUGCUUCACAUUCACGCGCUAAUCAUAGACUUGUUAAGUUACCUACCAUCCAGCUGCCCAAAUUUGGAGGCUCAUAUGAUCGAUGGUUGGAGUUUCACGACACAUUCUCAAGUUUAAUUCACAACAAUGAUGAUAUCGAUGAAGUAAAUAAAUUUCAUUACUUGAGGGCGUCGUUAGAGGGUUCGGCUGCUGUAGUAAUUCAAUCUGUUGAUUUUUCCGCAACCAAUUAUUUAGUGGCAUGGAAGCUCUUAUGUGAACGGUUUGACAACAAACGUUUAUUAAUACAAAAUCAUGUCGCUGCUUUAUUUAACAUCGACCCGAUCACAAAGGAGUCAUCUGUCAAUUUGAAACGUUUGAUAGAUCAAAUCAAUAAGAACUUGCGCGCACUUGAGUCGUUAGGAGAACCAGUAACGCAUUGGGACACACUUUUAAUUCACAUCGUCACACAAAAAUUAGAUGCAAAAACUUACCGUGAGUGGGAAGAGUACAAGGGUAAUUUAGGAAAAGGUAAAGAUAAAACUAUUAAAUUUGAUUCCUUUUUAGAAUUUUUGCAUAAUCGAGCUGAUUUAAUUGAGGGACCAUUGAAAUGUCACAAAAUGCUCAAAAAACUGUCGACAGCCUCGGUGUCAGCUGAUUGUGAUAACGGCAACAAUGCUAGUGAGUCGAGUCAAUCAAUCAAGUCUGAGCCUUCUGUGGUUCCGAGCAGUUCUCACAAUCCGAGCGUCGUACUUUCGGGAACCGUAAUGACCACUAAUGAGAAUUCAGGUCAAG